UUUUAAAAUUUCCUUUUGCAUAUAAAUAGGACGGGCUCGUGUAGAAUCCGGUGACUUAUAGAAGAAGAAAACUUAGACGAACGCGGACGUUGAUUGAAGAGAGCCUCUGGCGCGUCAGCAGCAUAUCACUCGUUAAAGGUCUUAUUACGCAAUCGAGAAUGUCGCGACGCCAGCAGCAGGUUUUGUCUGUGACGGCCGGAUCAACAAGACUGAUGACGAUCCUUCUGGUGGCGGCCCUCCUGCUCCCGGCAGCCAUUUUGGCCGCCCCGCCGUCCUUGGCCGCCGCCGGCUCCUUAGGCAAUUAUAAUAUUAUAUCGGGAUCGAUUACGACAUCGGGAAUUAGUUCGGGGGCCGUCAUGGCCACCCAAUUUCACGUUGUCCAUUCGUCAAGUGUCAACGGAGUCGGCAUUUUCGCCGGAGUUCCUUACGGAUGCGCCCUGGGCUUGAUUGCCGAGUCGCUCAACUGCAUGCUCUACCCCAAUUUGAUUGUGAUGGCCAAUCUCUACGGCCGGGUUGCCACCUACGAUUUUUACAACAACAUCGACACUGUCGACGGACUGGUCAACGACAAGGUCUUUAUAUUUCACGGCACCGAAGAUUCGGUCGUGAAUCCAGGCUCCGGCGAUAAUGUGGAAACUUUCUACAAUAAUUACAACUCGUUGGUUUACAAGAAGAAUGAUAUCGCCGCUCAGCAUUGCAUGCCGACGGACAACUACGGCGGAGCUUGUGACCAGCUCAACUCGGACAGUUACAUCAACAACUGCGGCUACAAUGGCGCAUUCGAGAUGAGCAAUUACCUGUACGGAGGCGGAUUGAUCAGACCUUCCGGAAAUGAGGCCGUUUUGAGCAAUCUCCUCGAGUUCGACCAGGCGGAAUUUUUCCAGAUCUCUGACCCAGCGACGUCCAGUAUGGACGACAUCGGUUACGUCUACGUGCCGACCCGCUGCGCUAAUGGGGUCGCAUGCAAAUUGCACGUCGCCUUUCACGGCUGCCAGCAGGGAAGGGUGGCGAUUGGAAAUGUUUACGCCGUCCACGCUGGAUAUCUCGAAGUGGCCGAAUUAAAUGAUAUUGUUAUCCUUUUCCCGCAAGCCAUCAGCAAAGCCAUUUCCAAUCCUCAGGGCUGCUGGGAUUGGUGGGGAUACAACAACAACCUGUACGAUACCAAUAACGGCAACCAGAUUAUCGCUGUCAAGCGGAUGGUUGACAAGAUGACGGGGUUUUCCAUCUGAGCGGAUAAACGAAACAUACUACACUCGCAUUUGGACCAACAAUCGUGACCUGAUAACCACAAAUACGUGUACAUAAUACUUUUUUUUAAAUAAAAUAAUAUUAGUGUAGUGAGUAUGAACGUUUACAUGUAUAUUAUCGAUUUGUAAAUAGAUAAUUUACUCUUCAAUUCAAAUAAAACUGCUAUCA